AUGCUUAGUUUUACUCCACCGUUCAAAAGAAACAAGAAAGAAAAGUGCGAGUCAUCAUUAUUGGAUAUUAGCGAUUUUGAUAAUUCAAUAUUAAAUCACUUGGAUACAAAUGUAUUAAAAAAUCAAAAUAAAGUAUCAUCUCCCAUAUCUAUUAAAAAAAACAAGAAGAUUGAUCUUAAGCGUGGUAACUUUUUAUGGAAAGAAGAUAUACCACCCACACCUAAACCUAUUUUUGAAUAUAUAAAUGAAAUAAUUAAAACUGAUAUUCAAUUAAAUUUCAAGGAUAUCUCUUUUUAUGGUUUACCUAUUCAAGUGAAAUCAAUUUUGCAAGAAAAUUAUAAUAUAGAAAAUUUAUAUGAUUGGCAAAAGGAUUGCCUAAAAUUUGGAAACGAUCAUAAAGAUCAAAAUUUAAUUUGCCAUUUACCUACAUCAGGUGGAAAAACUUUAAUUGCUGAACUUUUAAUGCUAAAAGAGAUAUUGUGCAAUAAGAAAAAUGCACUUUUUGUAUUACCAUACAUAUCAAUUGUACAAGAAAAGGUCCGAAAAUUAUCACUCUACUCCGACCACCUUAAUUUUGCCUUGGAAGAGUACGCCGGUAGUAAAGGUCAGUUUCCUCCCAAAAUUCGUAGGAACAAAUGUGCCAUCUACAUUGCCACUAUCGAGAAAGCGAAUUCCUUGAUAGAUUCAUUCGUCGAAUGCGAUAACGAAAAUGCCAUGAUGCGGAAAUUGGGGAUAGUUUGUGUUGACGAAUUGCAUAUGAUAGGAAUAGAAAAUGCUGGGCAUAGAGCUGCCGCCUUAGAAUCGCUUAUAACUAAGGUGAAAUAUUUUGACGCUAAUCGAUCACACACAACUAAAGAGAGGAUCAAAAUGGUAGGAAUGAGUGCCACUUUGCCGGAAACAAAGGAAUGCGGCCAUUUACCCAAAUUUAUGAACGCGCUUUUGUUCAAGAGCGAUUUUAGACCUAUUAAAUUAAACGAAUUCGUCAAAUUGCGUAACGACAUAUACCAAGUCAACAAGAAUCAAAGCAAGGUAUUGAAACACGCUCGUAAAUUGAGAUGGCCAUCUUAUUAUUGCGAAAAUUGUAAAAAGAUAGAUCCGGAUAUGAUCUUCGAUCUGGUAGUUAGUUCCAAUCAGUACCACCACCAGGAAUUACUGAAUCUCCGUGAGGGAUUAGCACGAGAUGUUUGCAAUGAGAUGGAAAUCGCCGAAAAGCUCAACCCCAUUUCUUGCUUAAUAUUUUGUCCUACCAGAAAGAAUUGCGAAAACGUUGCAUUGAACCUGACUCGAAUAUGCGAAAUUUUAUACAAACGAGCCAAGAGGAUUGGUAGACUCCUCAAGAUACAAAGGCGAAAUAUUGACAGGAAAGAAGGGAAAGACUUGACCAAGAAGACCGAUCUCCACGGGGAAUUCAGAACAGCGUCUGCUGUUAUGCGAAAUAAUGAUGGAUUAUCCGAUAAUCAUAACCCUAACGUUAAUAUCUUCAACCCCAUUUUUUCGCUCGUUUCCGAACCUUUGGCAAAAAAUGUAGAUGGCGUUAAUGCGCAAACCAUCGACGUACAUUCGCUCCGUAAAGAUCUAAUCAGAGACUUGCAGGAUUUGCACGAGAUGACUCUCGAUGAAUCGAAAUCAGAUGUGCCAGACCGUAUCUGUCCCACCUUGAAAAGAAGCCUUCGAUAUGGUAUCGCCUAUCAUCACGGGGGUCUGACUGGUGACGAGAGGAGGCUUAUAGAAGCCGCUUAUAACAAGGGAAUAUUAAAUGUAAUAUGCUGUACUUCAACCCUUGCUGCCGGAGUCAAUUUGCCUGCGAGAAAGGUCAUUAUUCGCUCCAUGACCAUAGCCAAAGGAAUCCGGUUGAGCCAAAGUCAAUACGUUCAAAUGAUUGGUCGAGCCGGAAGACCAAAUUUUAAAUCAUCCCGCGAAAACUAUCAAGCCGAAUCAUUUUUUAUACUCAACGACACCAUAUUUAAUCAUAACGACACUAUGCUCGAAGGGGUUAGCCUAGACUCGUUAUUUAGCUACAACUCCGAUCUAGCGAGAACUAGAACUAAUAACGUGUCCCCUCUUUUCCCGUCGCCGAGAUUGGGAAAUUUACACUCCGCUAUCGAAGGCUCGGAAGAGAUGAUGACGAUUAAUCACAACCCCAUCACCUCUGGAAUGAUUGUGCCUUGUAAGGAAGAAUCACCCAAAGUUGGACAAAAUGGCGAAACAGGGGCGAUCGACGAUAAAGGAUUCAGGUCCCUCCUCCUAACCGCCAUAGGAUUACAAAUGGCAAAUAACAAAAGGCAGUUGAUACAAUUGGUCAAUGGUACUUUGUACGCUUGUCAAACCUAUCUCAACAACGAAUUUAAAGCAUACGAUGGCUCAAUUAACCCCGUUAACGAUGAAAAGAGUAUGAAUGAGACCGAUAAUAAUGAUAGUAUUUUUGACAAUGGCGGAGAUAAGGCCAAGCAAUCAAAUUCUACUAAGAUCUUUAACGAUAAGGCUUGGAAAUUGGUUCGUUCGAUUUUGGGCAAAUUGAUCAAAUCUAACUUGAUAAAGGCUAAAAUGGGCGUUCAUAAAAAUUGCUUCGAGGUUACCAAAUUGGGAAAGGCCAUUUACAAAAGUAGUAUAGACCAAGAACACAGCAAAAUUUUAUAUUCCGAUUUGGUCUCGAGUCAACAUUUGAUGGUACUAUCUACUCAUUUGCAUUUGUUACACUUGGUUACUCCUUAUACAUCUCCCGGUAUCAUGGAAAUCGAUUGGACGAUAUACCAAUCCAAAGUAUCGAAAUUUACCGCUCACGAAUCAAAGGUCAUCGAAAUUUUAGGCAUAACCGAGAACUAUUUAUUGCGCAGGAUGACGUGCCAUGCCUACGAUAAAAAAAUAGAUAUAAAUUUGGUUGAAAGAUUUUAUCGCACCCUCAUGCUGAGAGAGCUAUGGAUGGGCCAAUCCGUGUGGAGUGUUAGCCAAGAUUUCAAAGUUGAUAGGGGUUUCGUGCAGGGUUUGUUCCAAAAUUCUACCUCCUUUGCCUACGCCGUUUAUAAUUUUACCCAAGAAUUUGACGAAUUGUGGGCCCUGAAAGAUUUGCUAGGAACCUUUGUCAAGCAAUUCCAUCAUUUAGUUUCGAAAGAUUUGCUGCCUCUCGUCGAAUUACCUGGAGUCAAAAUCGGUAGGAUUCGACAAUUAUUCAAUGCGGGUUACAAGACGUUGUUCCAAAUCGCUAAAGCCCAACCCGAGACAUUGACAAAGGAUAUCAAGUUUCUAUCCAAGGAAUUGGCUAACCAGUUAAUUUCUUCCGCGAAGGUGUUAAUCAGGGAAAAGGUGGAGACUUUAGAAGAUGAAGCUUUGAAUAUUAUUUCUCAAUUGAAUAUCUCCUAGAUUAUACAAACACAAAGACGCAACACGAUUUUAUAAAACUUAUUUAUUCUUACAAAUUAUUUAUAAAAAAAUGCAAACUUUAUUUAAUUUUUUAUGAUUAUAUGACGAUACAUAAAAUUAUCAUUAUUAAAAUUGCAAUAAUUU